AUGUCAAGCCCAGUUGUCCUGCGUCGCUUUCAAAGCCUCAGUGAAGACAAUAAGGCAUUUGAAUCUGACUAUCUAGAUAUAGAUGGUUCUCAUCGAAGAUUAACACAGAAAAAAGAAGAAAACAUUAGGAUCGGCUUUUUUGAGCUGUUCAGGUUUGCUUCCUGCUAUGAAAUCACCCUGAUGGUAUGUGGAGGAAUCUGUGCUCUGCUUCAUGGAGUAGCCCAACCUGCCAUGUUAUUGGUGUUUGGUUUGUUGGCAGAUACCUUUAUUGCAUAUGACAUCGAAUUACAAGAAUUGAAAGACCUGGAAAAGAUUUGCAAUCAUAAUAUCAGCGUCAUAACUUGGGUGAAUGGGUCAGAGUACCAUAAUCAAAAAAAUGAAACAGUGCCAUGUGGGGUCUUAGACAUCGAACACGAAAUGUCCAUGUUUGCUUAUUAUUACAUUGCAAUAGGACUGUCUGUGUUUUUACUGGGCUACUGUCAGAUAUGUUUCUGGGUUACAGCAGCAGCCCGACAGGUUCAAAAAAUAAGGAAAGCUUACUUCAAACAAAUUAUGAGGAUGGAGAUUGGUUGGUUUGACUGUAAUUCUGCUGGAGAAUUGAACACAAGGAUGUCAGAUGAUAUUAAUAAAAUCAAUGAUGCUAUCGCUGAUCAAGUUGGAAUUUUUAUUCAACGUUUCACUACUUUUAUCAGUGGAUUCCUCCUGGGAUUUGUCAGUGGUUGGAAGCUAACCCUUGUUAUUAUUGCUGUCAGUCCUCUCAUUGGUCUUGGAGCUGCUCUCAUGGCAUUGUCUGUCUCAAAACUGACUGGCCUUGGGCUAAAGGCUUACGCGAAAGCUGGUGCUGUUGCAGAUGAAGUGCUUUCAUCUAUAAGAACAGUGGCUGCAUUCAAUGGUGAGAAAAAAGAAGUGGAAAGAUAUGACAAAAACUUGGUAUUUGCUCAACGCUGGGGUGUAAGGAAAGGCAUGAUAGUGGGAUUUUUCACAGGCUACAUGUGGAUGAUAAUCUUCUUCUGCUACGCUCUAGCAUUCUGGUAUGGAUCUCAGCUGGUUAUAGAGCAGAAUGAAUACACACCUGGAGGUCUUUUACAGGUGUUCCUGGGAGUACUAGUAGCUGCUAUGAAUCUUGGUCAGGCUUCUCCUUGUUUGGAAACAUUUGCCUCUGGCCGUGGUGCUGCUACAAAUAUAUUUGAAACUAUAGACCGAGAGCCUGAGAUUGACUGCAUGUCAGAAGAAGGAUAUAAACUGAAUAAAGUAAAAGGUGAUAUUGAAUUCCACAAUGUGACCUUCAAUUACCCCUCCAGACCAGAAGUUAAGAUUCUUGAUCGACUUAGUAUGGUGAUUAAAGCAAGUGAAACUACAGCCUUUGUUGGUCCAAGUGGGUCUGGUAAAAGCACAGCAGUGCAGCUGAUUCAGAGAUUCUAUGAUCCUAAACAAGGAAUGGUCACUCUGGAUGGUCAUGAUAUUCGCUCUCUGAAUAUUCAAUGGCUACGUUCUUUGAUUGGAAUUGUUGAACAGGAGCCUGUCUUGUUUGCUACCACCAUUGAAGAGAACAUUCGCUAUGGUUGUGACAAUUUGACAAAGGAUCAGAUUAUCAAAGCCGCCAAGGAGGCCAAUGCAUAUAACUUCAUUAUGGAUCUACCUCAGAAAUUUGACACCCUCGUUGGUGAAGGUGGAGGCCAAAUGAGUGGAGGACAAAAGCAACGCAUUGCUAUUGCUCGAGCUCUUGUCAGAAAUCCUAAAAUUCUGUUACUAGACAUGGCAACUUCAGCACUAGACAAUGAGAGCGAGGCUGUUGUUCAAAAUGCAUUGGAUAAGGUUCGGUUAGGUCGAACAACGAUCUCUAUCGCACAUCGAUUGUCCACAGUAAGAAAUGCGGAUGUGAUAAUUGGCUUUGAACAUGGAAGGGCUGUAGAACAGGGAAAACAUGCAGAACUACUCGAAAGAAAAGGGGUUUAUUUCACUUUAGUAACUCUACAAAGCCAGGGAGAUAAAGCUCUCAAUGAAAAAGCAAGACAAAUGGCAGGAAACGGUCCUAGUGAAGAGCCAAAAAUUGAAAAGCAACAGUCUUUUAGAAGAGGGAGCUAUCAAUCAAGUUUACGAUCCUCAAUUCGCCAGCGUUCCAGGUCUCAGAUGUCAAACCUAUUCACCGAUUUGUCUACACCUGGAGAUGUUGCUUCAACAGCCCGCUGUUCCUCUGGGUUUCCUGGUGGUGAAGAAAAGGUCAUAGAGGAGGAGGAGGAGGAGAAUAUUGAGCCUGCACCAGUGACUAGGAUUCUGAAAUAUAAUAUUGCUGAGUGGCCAUAUAUGUUGCUCGGUUCACUUGGUGCUGCUGUUAAUGGUGGUGUCAAUCCAGUCUACGCAGUGCUGUUCAGUCAGAUACUUGGGACAUUUUCCAUACAAAAUGAAGAACAGAAAAGGAAUCAGAUCAAUGCAAUAUGCUUAUUUUUUGCCAUUGUUGGAAUGAUAUCAUUUCUGACACAAUUCCUACAGUGUUACUUUUUCGCCAAAUCUGGUGAAAAACUGACACGAAGACUACGGAAGUUAGGUUUCCAAGCAAUGUUAGGACAAGAAAUUGCCUGGUUUGAUGACCACAAGAACAGCCCUGGGACACUAACAACAAGACUUGCGACAGAUGCUUCACAAGUUCAAGGGGCAACGGGAUCUCAGAUUGGAAUGAUAGUGAAUUCUCUUACCAAUAUAGGAGUGUCCUUGAUCAUCGCUUUCUAUUUUAGCUGGAAACUAACUUUAGUUAUACUCUGUUUUCUACCCUUUCUGGCACUGUCUGGUGCCCUGCAAGCUAGAAUGUUAACAGGAUUUGCAAAUCAGGAUAAGCAAGCCCUUGAAGUUGCAGGCCAGAUUUCCAGUGAAGCCCUGAGUAACAUCCGAACAAUAGCUGGCUUAGCAAAAGAGAAAAUGUUUGUCCAAUUGUAUCAGACACAGUUAGAAGCCCCUUACAGAGCUGCAAUUAAAAAGGCGAAUGUUUAUGGUUUAUGUUUUGGCUUUGCCCAAUCCAUAAUUUUCUUGGCCAAUGCUGCAUCAUAUAGAUUUGGUGGUUAUUUGGUUGUUGCUGAGAGCCUUCAUUUCAGCAUUGUAUUCAGAGUUAUUUCUGCCAUAGUAACCAGUGGUACAGCACUGGGAAGAGCCUCGUCAUACACCCCAGACUACGCAAAAGCUAAAAUAGCUGCUGCACGCUUCUUUCAAUUGGUAGAUCGCGUUCCCAAAAUCAACAUCUACAGUGAUGAAGGAGAAAAAUGGAACAACUUUAAAGGUGAAAUUGACUUUAUUGACUGCAAAUUUACAUAUCCUUCUCGACCGGACUUCCAAGUUCUAAAUGGCCUUUCAAUUUCGGUUAUGCCUGGGCAAACACUAGCCUUUGUUGGCAGUAGUGGAUGUGGAAAAAGCACCAGUGUGCAAUUGCUUGAGCGGUUUUAUGACCCUAAUGAGGGAAAAGUGACAAUUGAUGGCCAUAGCACAGAAACUGUAAAUGCUGCCUUUUUAAGGUCUAAAAUUGGAAUAGUGUCGCAGGAGCCUGUACUUUUUGACUGCAGCAUUGCAGAGAAUAUUAAAUAUGGUGACAACCGUCGUCAAGUCAGUAUGAAUGAUGUAAUUGCAGCUGCAAAGAAGGCUCAGCUCCAUGACUUUGUGAUGUCAUUACCAAAGGAAUAUGAUACUGAUGUGGGUGCUCAGGGUUCUCAGUUAUCACGUGGACAAAAACAACGUAUUGCUAUAGCUCGAGCCAUCGUCCGGGAUCCAAAAAUUCUUUUACUGGACGAAGCUACAUCUGCGUUAGAUACAGAGAGUGAAAAGAUUGUUCAAGCUGCUUUAGAUGAAGCAAGAAAAGGAAGAACCUGCAUUGUGAUUGCACAUAGGCUCUCAACCAUUCAGAACUCAGAUAUCAUUGCUGUCAUGUCUCGAGGAUACAUUAUUGAGCAGGGAACUCAUGAAGAAUUGAUGGCUCUUAAAGGGGCUUAUUAUAAACUUGUCACAACAGGUGCUCCAAUCAGUUAACCCAAAUUCACAUUGAAUAGUAGACAACUUUUUCCACAUGAUCCUUUCAAUCAUACUAGUUACUCCAGUUUUUGUUUUGCAUGUAGUAAAUACGAUAACUUAACUCGAAUAAAACUGUAAAAAAGUAUAUAUUUUUAUGCCGGCUCAUUUGCAAGUAGAAAUUCUUAAACAUAUUACGUUGGUAGUUUUUAUAUCUUGACUAUACAAUCAAUGCACAUUCCUUUAACUCUUCCAUGUGAGCCAUUAAAAUAUGAUUUACCUUUAAUAUCAGUGAUUAUAAAUCAAAACUGUAUAACUUCAGUAAAUCUUAAAACCUUAUUGAUAAUACUAUUUGAACAGUUUUAAACAAUUUCAAUGAUUUGCAUGAAUAUUUUGAAUAUAUGUUCUUGUAAUUUAGUUUUACAAUUUAAAGAUUUUUUAAAUUAGAAAUUUUAAAAAAAGACUGUCAUGGUCACCAGACCAGGUUAAACCAUGCUCAUGAAACCAUCAAUAAACAGGAAUCAGUUUGAUGAAAUUAACAUCAUUAUUA